AUGCCACCUCUCCCUAACACUCACACGAAGAAAGACAGAAAGAAAAGCACGAAACCGCGCACCCCUCACUCCGAGCAAUCUUUACUCUGUUACGUCCAAUCGCUGGUAAACGUGCCCCUCGUGAUUGUCGAAUUGCGAGACGAUUCCGUCGUUCGAGGGACCGUCGUCGAGUGCGACGAUUGCAUGCACGUGACGUUGAAACGGUGCGAACGGGUCACCAUCGACCGAGAAAUUCGAGAAUACGAGCACUUGUUCAUAAAAAAUAGAACGAUACGAGGGAUACACGUGCCGAAACGAUACGAGACGUGCGAAUUAAUCGAGAAGAGAAGGGAGGAACAGUUUCAGGCGAGGACGUUUUACCAGAGGCAAGUGGUGCAAGGGACGAACGUCGGGAAAGGGAGGUUAGGGAAAGGAACGGAUGGGGAUGUCGAGCGGAGUAGUAUAAACGAAAGUGAAGUAUUAGAUGAAUAG